AUGAACAUGAACAUGGACAUGGCCAUGUCCGAGAUGGAGAACGAGAACAUGGCCCCUUCCAUGGACAGAAUGAACAAUAUGAAUAGCAUAGAUGGCAUGAACAAAAUGGAAAAUAUGGACAGCAUGGACGAAGCGAUGAACAUGAAGCGCGAGGAUCAGAUGGCUGGAGCCAUGAACGAAGCUAUGAAUGAGAACAACAUGGCUGAUGGAAUGAAUAUGGACAUGGGUAUGGAUAUGAUUAUGAAACGUGAUGUCAACGGCAUGAACGACAUGAACAAGGAGAUGGGUCAGGCUAAGGAUAUGAAGAUGGCGAUGUAG